AUGUUCUCAGGUGGACAGCAGGCUGGCUCGACCGGCGGCGGUCUCUUUGGGUCUACCACAAAUACCGGCACUGGGACAGCCCAGACUGGGACAACAGGGGGCGGUUUAUUUGGUGGAGGGUUAGGCGCGAACACAGCCCAGACGCAAGCCAAACCUACCUUCGGUGGUCUUGGAAGCUCAACAGCAGGAGGUGGUGCAACGAACAAUGUAGUCCCGGGCGUCAAAGUCGACACGAGCAAUCUCCUGCCGACAACCAAAUUCGACAGCUGUACGGACGAGCUACGGAGCCAGAUCGAGUUCAUCGAUAACUACAUUCUAAACCAAAUGAAAAUGAGCCACGAACUCGCCGACUUGCUUCCCAACAUCGAGACGCAAGGCGCCUCUAUCCCAAAUGAUGUGGAUUUUGUACAGAACAAGCUGGAGACAUUGCAACACGCCCUGGAGAACGAUGCCAGCGACAUUGACGGACUACGAAACAUUGUCCUCCGAGAUGCCGGGGAAGCGCAGGUCACCUUCCGCGCGAUUGACAUGCUGAAGUUGCCCCUGCAGUACCAAUCAGCCAGCGGUGGCUGGUGGUCAGUGCAGGAUCAAAAGGUGCCAGAACGGCGGUCCACUCGUAAGAACACAUUGGCGCUUCCGGAUGAGGUGGACGGUGAUCCGUCCACCGCUACCGAGGUCAAUGGAGUUCCCGUUAAUCUGGUGGACUACUUCUCGCUCCGCGCAGACGAGAUGGGCUCUGUGCUAGACCGCUACAAGGGCAACCUCAAAGAAAUUGAAGACCACCUGUAUGGGGUGGAGCUUUCUUUGAACCGCCAAAUCAAUGAAUUCGUCAGCUCCCGGUCUCGCGACGGCGCGGGCCACGGAGCACCUAAGUCUGCCAUUAACGACUUAGCUGCCGUCCUGGGGAUGUGGAGGCCGGGAUCAUGGGGGUGGCUGCUCGACUGGGCAGCGUAUCGGAGCAAGCGCAGGAGUUUACUUUGGGGCCUCUGUCUAUGGGCGAGGGUCGGUUGGGUUAGAUUACGGCACAGAACGGAGUAA